GUUCCCUCCUCGCCCCUACAUUCCUUUGCACUCUUCUUACUCAGUCCAUGAAAUCUCUUUUCCAUCUUGACAUCGCUGCAGUUACUGGAUUCAAUCAUUUUAAAAGGCGCGUCAACUCUUCAUCGGACAGCUGAACUCCUUUGGCAAUGUCGCGGCCCUCUCUCUGAUGAGACGAUGAGAACCCACACCCGUGGGGCUCCUACAGUUUUCCUCUUAAAUCUGCUGUUGCUCCUGCUGCCUCCAACUGCAGCGGACUGGAGUGGAGGAAUCCCCUUCAUGGGAGGCAACUACAAUGGCCACCCGAUGCUGUAUUUCGAUCGGGCAGAAGUGGUAGACCUUCAGCUAGCGGCGGGAAACACUCAUAGGGAAAUGGCGAGACGGAUUCGCGAGGCCGGGGAAACCAUGCUGGAACACCCGGAAGAGUACCUGCCUCCCUGGAGCCCUGAAGAGUUCAGCGCCCGAUGGAACGAGGUUUACGGAAACAACCUGGGUGUGCUGUCCAUGUUCUGUUUGCUGUAUCCACACAGAGCUGGAGCACUGGAUCUGGCCAAGGACUACAUGGAGAGGAUGGCAGCUCAACCUAGUUGGUUGGUAAAAGAUGCCCCCUGGGAUGAAGUUCCCGUGGCACACUCUUUAGUUGGGUUUGCCACUGCGUAUGACUUCCUGUUUGAGUACUUGAACAAGGACCAACAGGAGAGAUUUCUUCAGGUGAUCGGCAAGACAUCUCAUCUCAUGUAUGAGAAAUCCUACAGCCGUGGCUGGGGAUUUCAAUACUUGCACAACCAUCAGCCAACUAACUGUGUGGCUUUGCUCACAGGAAGCCUUGUUUAUAUGACUCAAGAAACUUUGGAUACACUGGGUGAUUUUUUAAAGUUUUCUACCGUUGCUUUCAAGAGCCCAAGAUAUCUACAGGAGGCUUACUUGUGGACCAAGCAAGUUCUCUCCAUCAUGGAAAAAUCCAUUGUUCUUCUUCAGGAUGUCACGGACGGAUCCCUGUACGAGGGAGUGGCCUAUGGGACUUACACAACACGCUCUCUGUUCCAGUAUAUGUUUCUGGUGCAGCGUCACUUUUCCAUCAGCCACUUCGAGCACCCUUGGCUCCUAAAACACUUCGAUUUCUUAUACAGGACCAUCCUUCCAGGAUUUCAGAGAACUGUCGCCAUUGCAGAUUCCAACUACAACUGGUUUUACGGACCAGAGAGUCAGCUGGUCUUCUUGGACCGUUUUGUAAUGCGUAACGGUAGUGGGAACUGGCUGGCCGAUCUGAUUCAUCAAAACAGAGUGACGGACGGAGUGGGACAGGCUGGUAAAGGCCAACGAUGGUGUACUCUCCACACAGAAUUCAUCUGGUUUGACCCAAGCCUCACUCCGAAGCCCCCGUCUGAUUUCGGGACAUCUCAGCUCCAUUAUUUCGAGGACUGGGGUGUCGUGACCUACGGCAGCGCUUUACCCGCCAGCCCAAACCAUUCCUUUCUUUCCUUCAAAUCGGGCAAACUCGGGGGACGUGCAAUUUUUGAUAUUGUUCACAAGAAUAAAUACAAAGAAUGGAUCAAAGGCUGGAGGAACUUCAAUGCUGGCCACGAACACCCUGAUCAAAAUACUUUUACCUUUGCGCCCAAUGGAAUUCCAUUCAUCACCGAGGCACUAUAUGGACCUAAAUACACGUUGCUGAAUAAUGCAGUAUUAUUUGGUCCAGCCCACUCAGGGAGUUGUUUCAAGCCAUGGGCUGGCCAGGUGACGGAAUCCUGUGAUUCCAAGUGGCUGAAGUACAAGGUAGGGCCCGCUGCUGACGCUCAGGGGAAAGUAGAAGCUGCAAUGGAAAGACAAGGCAUGGUCUUUAUUCGCGGGGAAGGACAAUCUGCUUAUAAUCCGGACCUGAAAAUACGAAGCUUCCAGAGAAACGUCCUCCUCCUCCAACCACAACUCUUACUUUUAGUGGACCAUAUCCAUUUGAAUCCUGAUAGUCCAUCUACAGCCAUGAGCACAUUUUUUCACAAUACAGAACUGCCCUUCAAGGAUACACAAGUCGAUGGUUUACAUGGAGCGUUUAUAUCUCACAACGAAGACAAGUGUAAAAUGUUCUGGAUGGACGACACGGGUCUCAGUAACAGAGGGGCGGUGGGUUACUGGGGUUAUCCGCGGGGGUAUCCGUAUAACGGCUCGAAUUACGUGAAUGUCACAAUGCCAUUGAGAUAUCCUCACACCCGAGUAGCUUACAUUUUCCUCGGACCGGGAGUGACCGUAACCAGUUUUAGCUUGCGUGGCGAUGACCAACGUGUGGAUAUUUACCUGGCCACUAAUAAGCACACCUACACAGUUUACCUAUUGACCGGAGAGGUCAUCAGCAAGCCACUUUUCGCUAUGGUCAUGAUGGACCAAAAGAAGAUUGUGUUUGAGAAAAGACCUACUCCGGCGGACAGUUCGCCUCUGGAAGUAGAGGAAUAUGUCAACGUGAUGGAAGACAACCUCCAGCACGUCAAGCCAGUCUUCCAGCAGAUGGAGCGACAUAUUCUCGGUAAAGUUCUAAAUACGGACAGCUUCCGCAAGACUGCAGAACACCUGCUCCGGUUCUCUGAUAAACGGAAAACGGAGGAAGUCAUCGAGAGGAUGUUUGCUUUGUCUAAGAAACAGGGAAAGGACAAGAUGGGAAAGAAAAUAAACUUUGGGGAGAAGCUGUCUGAGAAUCUGCCAGACAUUUUUACACAAAUUGAGGUAAGUGAAAAGAAAGUCAGACAGGGGGCAUCAAAGCGCGUGUAUGACGACAGUCCAGAGGAGGGAGACACAGAUGCGCAAGCGUUCAUAGAAUAUGCGGACAGCCGCAAAAACAGAAAAGGUGGCUUUGGGAAUGGAAAAAAAAUCAAAGAGGUAAAUAUGUUAGUGACUACUGGGAGUGAGCACAUUUCCAACAUGGCCUCUUCCAUAAGGCUGUUUCUCCUCUUGAACACCGCCACAUUCUUCUUGCUACUGACUGUCUUAUUGACUCGCUUUCACAGGGGGCGAAGUAUACAUACGCAGAGAUGUUUUUAUACCAUCCUUAUUAUUGACUGCUUGAUCUUGCUGUACCUCUACUCCUCAUGCUCUCACAUGCAAUGUUAACAGCAUGAGUGUGAAUGUUCAUCUGCAAAUAUGAUGUAAAACACAACAACUGUCGAAGUUUUUUGAAUGUCAUCGAUGGCAGGGAUGGACAAAAUUGAUUCAUGAAUUAAAGGUGGGGUCAUGUCAAACCAGUGUUGUUAAUGAGUAGCCCUUUUAAUUGUGUCUUUUGGAUGAAAAUUCUUAUAGGUCUUAGUCAUAUUUUAGUAAUUUCAAAAUUUUUUAGUAGUCGUCUAGUGGUAGUCCACGAAAUCCCAAACAAAGU